AUGCUCAUGCGCGCAGCUCAUGCUCAUGCGCGCAGCUCAUGCGCGCUACCAGCCGCCCGUUCGCCCCAAGCCCGUGCUGAGCGCCAAAGGCCCUCGUCGCGCACGUGGCUUCCCCCACCACAGCGCUGCCGCGAGGCCCUGAUAGGGUUCUCCUCUCCCUUCUCCCUGCCCCUCUCUCCUUUUCCCUGCCCCUCUCCUCCCCUUCCUCCUUCCCCCGCUUCUCUCCCCCUCUCCCAUACGGCCAUCCCCUCAGGAGGCGCACUGGCAGCAGCACGAGCAGUAGGGGCGUCCCACUGGCGGCGGCACGAGCAGGGGGGCGAGUGCGCCCGCUUUUCACUGCAGCUGCAGAAAGCACCGGCUGUGCUCGACCUGCCCUUUCCUUUCCUGCACGAUUCUGUCAUCCAGGGGCGUCACACCGUGUGCUCCUUCCUCUCCUCCUCCCUCCAUGCGAGCCCACUGACCCUACACUGCCGUGGAGCAGGGGCGUCACACCGUGUGCUCCUUCCUCUCAUCCCGCCACCUGCAUGCCUGCGGACCCUACGCUGCCCUCUGUGGUCCGGCCAGCUUGCUGCACUCUCUCCCAGCAGCCCAUCAGCCCCUUCCGCCGCCCGUGCUGCACCUGCACCCCCAACGUCUCCCUCUCUUUCCCCGCGCGUGCACCCCACACAGCCCCCUUCCAUCCCGCCUCCCCCCUUCUCCCCGCUCGCCUGGAGCGACUACUACCUCUGGAGGGGCCUUCCCCUCCACUCGCCCGCUGCGCUGCUGCUGCACACGCCACUCACCAUCCUCCUCGCCCUCCACCUGCUCCACCAACCCGCCCCACCCCCUCCUCCUGCCUUCCCUGCCACCACUCUUGCCUCGGACCCGGAGCACACGCCCUCUUACACUGCAGCUGGGAGGGAGCGGAGGGAGGGACAAGAGGGACAAGAGGGACAAGAGGGACAAGAGGGACAAGAGGGACAUGAGGGACAAGAGGGACAAGAGGGACAAGAGGGACAGGAGGGACAGGAGGGACAGGUGCAGCGUACAUGUGCAGAGGGGCAGCGGCACCAUCAAUGCCAGAGUUGUUGUGGGCUGGUCAAGCGUUCUUCCCUCUGCAUCCACGUGGUUGGGGCAGACAGGGAGGCUCAAGAACCAGCCGCACUGGCAGAGCUGCGAGUGCUCCUGCCCGGAGUGGACAUGUGUCUUCACCUUAUUGGCCCCAACAUACCCGCACACAUGCACGGCAAGCGAAUACUCCUUCAGCAUCCUCCCGACUUUGAGCCCCGCGAGCCACAACCAGCCGAGCCACAACCUGCCGAACCACAACCAGCCGAGCCACAACCUGCCGAACCACAACCAGCCGAGCCACAACCUGCCGAACCACAACCAGCCGAGCCACAACCUGCCGAACCACAACUUACCGGGCCACAACCACCAGAAACAGCAGGAGGGGCAGCAGGCGUAGCAGUGCACUUCCACCGCGGCCUCUACCACCACGUGCUGCCCUCCCUUGCCUGCUCGCCACUCACCACCGCCCCCACUUCCGCGCUUGCCACUCCACCCAUCACUGUUGCAAUGCGCCCUUGCAGCCCUUGCACCUCACUACGCCGCCCUCACCACCCGACCUCUCUCCCUCACAGCGACCAGCCCCAGCAGUGUUCGCAUCUCCCCCAGUCAUCCCAUCAGCAGCUUCGGUCCUGCCACUGCCCCACGCUGCUGUUCCUUCCCAACGCGGGCCUGCCUGCCUUCCCCUCCUGGCGAGACACGCUGGUGAGUGCGAGCAAAAGAGGGAGGGAGGGGGGCUGGGUGGGUGGUAUGCACGCUAAGUUGUGGAGCCACGAGGCAGCACAGAGAGCCAGGGAGGGCGGGAGGCAGGAAGGUGCCACAAGGCAUGACAGGGGGCUGCACUGCACCACUGCUCCUCUGCGUCAGCUCAUGCUGUCCCCGUCUUCUCCCUCCCCCCAGUUCCUCACACUGCAGCAGGGGCUGCCAGCGCUGAUCACGAACUUCAGCCAUGAGACAGUAGAGAGGGGUCCGUCCUCAUGCUGCGCGGUGGGCUGCCAGCGCUCAUCACGAACUACAGCCAUGAGACAGCACAGAGGGCUGCACCGUGUGCCCCCUCCCCUUCCUCCCAGUCCUCACAUCAUCGUGCUACCUUGUCCCCCUCCCCCUCUUCGGCCUCCCGCCAGGUCCUCAUGCUGCGCAGUGGGCUGCCAUCAGUCAUCAUGGCCCUCAGCCACGAGGCCGCACAGCGAGCCAGGGAGGCAUGGUAGCGCCACAGGCGACUCAGCCAGCCCUCACAGCACCAUGCUGUCUCAUCUCUCCCCUCACAGCACCAUGCUGUCUCAUCUCUCCCCUCACAGCACCAUGCUGUCUCAUCUCUCCCCUCACAGCACCAUGCUGUCUCAUCUCUCCCCUCACAGCACCAUGCUGUCUCAUCUCUCCCCUCACAGCACCAUGCUGUCUCAUCUCUCCCCUCACAGCACCAUGCUGUCUCAUCUCUCCCCUCACAGCACCAUGCUGUCUCAUCUCUCCCCUCACAGCACCAUGCUGUCUCAUCUCUCCCCUCACAGCACCAUGCUGUCUCAUCUCUCCCCUCACAGCACCAUGCUGUCUCAUCUCUCCCCUCACAGCACCAUGCUGUCUCAUCUCUCCCCUCACAGCACCAUGCUGUCUCAUCUCUCCCCUCCCGUCGGGUCCUCAUGCUCAUUCAUCACGGACUUCAGCCACGAGGCAGCAGAGAGGGCCCGCGAGGCGCUUUGCUCGCUUGCUGCUGAGGUGCAGCAAGGUGGUGGCACGGGAGGGGCAGCGGCGGCCUCUGGUGGUGCUGUGCUGCAGCCUGUCGUCAGCGAGCUGCCAUAA